AUGUUUGUUUUUACAGACACAGAAGAAUUGGUUGGUCUUCAACAAAAAUCACAAAAAGUCGUCGAUUGGUUUCCAAUUAUAUCAAUUAUUUUAGCUGCUAUUAUUUGUCUGAUUGCUUUCAUUAUUUUAUGUAAACGACAAAUAGAUCAUCGUCAGUAUAUUCAUCAUCAAAUAAAACGACAAGAAAACAAUCAAAAUAAAAAUAAUAAUCAAAUAUCAUUGACUACAUUCGAUGUAGCGGAAUGUAUUGAUGGUGAUAUGGAAUUCGUAGCUGGACUUAAUAUACAUUUGGCUAAAGGUAAUUUAAUACUGAACGAUAAUGAUGCUCAAAUGCUCAAUUCAAUGAAUACAUUUGAUCGUCUUCAAUAUUUUCAAAAACUUACAAAUUAUGUCAAAUAA